AUGCCAGCUACAACAAAAAAGCCAGAACAGACGGAAGAACGAAUUACAAGCCCGAUAUUUUCGAAAGGAGCUUAUGUAUUUCCAAACGGCGACAAGUACAAUGGCGACUUCGUACAUUUGCCAGAAGGCGGACUUUUAAGGCAAGGGAAAGGCGAACACAUUGGAAAUGAUGGUCUGAAAUAUGAAGGUGAAUGGCUUGAGGAUAAAAUGCACGGAAAAGGAAAAAUGAAUUGUGCUUCUGGCGCUGUGUACCAGGGCGAUUUUGACAUGAAUCGUUUCCAUGGUUACGGCAAAUAUACCUGGCCAGACGGCUCAUUUUUUGAAGGAACUUUCAAGGAAAAUAAAAUGACCGGCGAAGGACGAUUUACUGAUGUGAAUAACGAAGUUUGGUUGGGUGAAUUUGCACGCAAUUCAGCACUUGAUCUGAAAUUUAAUUUAAAUAUGUAA